UUCUCCAAACUUGUGUAUUUACAUUGAAAUUGUUGCACAUAUGUUGUUUCAAAAACCAAGGGAAAAUAGAGCAAAUUUCUAAGCGUAGAACAUUUGGUAAUUACAAUUGGAAGUCCUCCUUUUGAACCCCAAUAGACAAUAGGACACACCACCAGAACUCCAGACUGCCUUAAAGAAGAAAGAACGAUCAAACAAUACCGAUCCUUCUCUGUCUCUGCAAACGCCGAUCCGGUCUUAGUUUUAACAAAUUCAGCGAAGAUGAUGCACAUGACCUUCUAUUGGACUCGAAACGUGACUCUUCUCAUCGAUUCGUGGCACACCAAUACAUGGCUCGGUUACUUCCUCACACUCCUUACCUGUCUAAUCGUCGGGAUAUUCUACCAGUACAUGGAGGACCGCCGCGUGCGCCUCAAGCUCCUCGUGGCCGCCGCCAAGAAGUCUUCCUCGGCGGAUUCGAUGCAGAUCGAAGUUCCACUGCUCCGAUCCAGUGUCACCCCCGGGAAAUUAUCGGCGGCGAGGGUUGCCGGAGCGGUGUUGUUUGGGGUGAAUUCUGCGAUCGGAUACUUGUUGAUGCUGGCGGUGAUGUCGUUCAACGGGGGCGUGUUUGUGGCGGUGUGUUUGGGGUUGGCGAUUGGGUACUGGGCGUUUAGGACUGGUGAUGAGGAGGCGAUGGUUCUUGUGGAUAAUGCUUGUGCUUGUGCUUAGAAGAGAUUUAUUAGGCUAGAUUAUCUUUGUUUGGAAUGUUUGGUUUUUGAUGUGUUUGUUUGUGUAAAUUACCUCGUUGGGAUUUCUGUUGCAAGGCUCCCUUCUUUCUUUUUGUGCUAUAUCUGUUGUAAGGCUCCCGUCUUUCUGUCAAGGGGAUCCAUUAUAUUACUCCUUUGUUUGAUUUAAUGACAAAAACGAGAAUGGAGGGGUCGUGGGUCAUUCUGGUGCUGGGUUGGACUGAUUUAGCUUAAAUCACAUACUCUAGUGUCAAGGUUUCUAUACCUA